ACGGCUACCCGGUGCAAGAAGCGGAGGUGGCGUCUGGCUGCGGUGAUUACACAGCUCUUCGUCUGAGGUCUGCAAGAUGCACUGUGGCUGCGUGUCCGAGGGGGUCCCCAGCUCCUGCUGGCUCUCAGGGCUGGCUUUCCCAGACUGGGCCUACAAGGCAGAAUCCAGCCCCGGGUCCCGUCAGAUCCAGCUCUGGCACUUCAUCCUGGAGCUGCUGCAGAAGGAGGAGUUCCGCCAUGUCAUCGCCUGGCAGCAGGGCGAGUAUGGGGAGUUUGUGAUCAAGGACCCCGAGGAGGUGGCGCGUCUGUGGGGCAGGAGGAAAUGCAAACCGCAAAUGAACUACGACAAGCUGAGCCGGGCCCUCAGGUAUUAUUACAACAAGCGCAUCCUGCACAAGACUAAGGGCAAGAGGUUCACCUACAAGUUUAACUUCAGCAAACUCAUCUUCGUCAAUUACCCACUGUGGGACGUGCGCUACCCUUCCCCGCCCCUGCUGAUGGGGGCCGCCAGCGUGUACCGCCCGUCCGUGGUCUCCGCCGGCAUGCAGAGCGAGCUCCUGCAGAACAUGAUCUUCACCCGCCAGGCUCUGGCCGACCAGCUGGCCUUCCGCGGCGGCCUCAGGGACCCGCUGGACAUGGCGAGCACAGGGAACAAGAAGGGGACGGCCAGCGGGCCCCAGUUCAGCCCGCUCCCCUCUCCCUGCUGCUGUGGGGGAGUGCAGGACAAGUUCCCCCGCCUGGCCGCCUUCCCGUCGACGUUCCCGCACUCCGGCCUCGGCCCCCCCUCCAGCCGCCAGCUCUGCCCCCCUCCCCAGUACCCCCAGCCCAGCUCCCCCGACUGGUCGCGCUUCCCCAGCCACGUCUUCCAGCGCGGCCGCUCGGUGCUGCCCCCGGAGGAGAGGGCCCGGGCCCACAGCCCGUUGGGACUCCCCAGGUCAGAAGCCUUCCUGAUGGGUGUCAGCUUCCCACCCAUUCGGCUGCAGGGGAGAGCGUUCCCCGGGCUGCCCUUGGGCGCCACGCGGGGCCCCGGGAGCGCGAUGGCCAGAGGGAGGCUGGGGUUCCCGCCGGACCUCUCCCAGCCCGAGGAGGGGGAGGAGGACCAGGGGGCCUCCUCUGCAGAGAGCUGCCUCGCUGUGAAACCAGAGCUGGAGCUUGAGGGCCGGCCUCAGGCCAAGGGCGCUGGCAGUCUGGAUCCCGGGGGGGGAGGCGUGAUGGCCGUGCCCAGAAAUCCUAGUGCGGCGGGAAAGACGAUGCAGCGGUGCGAAGGCUUUGCCGCGCUUGGCAACUGA